CAAAAGUAUAUAGCCAGUGGACAUGAUUAGAGUUAUUUGUUCUUCAACGGACAAUCCACGAAAGAAGCCUAUCCAUGUCACAAUUUGUAUCCUUGUCAUAAGAGGUUUGGUAGAUCAGUACUCCAAGUAUCUUCCAUAGUUGUUGUGUAUGAUCUAUACCGAAGCGGCUGGAGGCUUCGCCCUAGUUUUGACAUGGUCCGUCUGGCAUUUAGCCGAGAGACUUCUUCGAACAACAUCUCUUCUUUCCCAUCACAUACCAUCACAAAACCUCAAAUCCACGUCCGAUAGAAGGAAAGAUCCAUUGGGACCCGCAUCAACAUGGCCACAUCAAAGAACCCAUGGGUAGAAACACCCUUGAUCGAAUCAACCACCCUCUCAAAAGCAGCAGGAUGCAGAAUCUUUCUCAAACUAGACAACCUCCAACUCUCCGGCUCCUUCAAAGCCCGCGGAAUAGGCCACCUAAUGCAGACCUCCCUCACUAACUCUUCCCACCCCACCUCAGUCCACUUCUACUCCUCAUCAGGCGGCAAUGCCGGUCUCGCAGCCGUCCACAGCGCAGUCAAAUUAGGCCGCCCUUGCACAGUGGUGGUACCGCUUACCACCAAGCCCAUGAUGAUGGCGAAAAUGCAAGCGGCAGGGGCAUCAGAAGUGCUCCAGCAUGGGGCUAGUUGGCAAGAAGCUGAUGAUUACCUACGCGGGACCGUGAUCAAGACAGCAGAGGCUGGGGGAGAGGAAUGUGUAUACGUGCCGCCAUUCGACCAUCCUACGAUUUGGACUGGGCAUUCUUCCCUCAUCGACGAAAUCAGUGCGCAACUGUCUGCAAUCACCGGAGAGAAAGAUGCAAAGCCAGAGGUUUUGGCUUGUAGCGUGGGAGGAGGAGGUUUGUUCAAUGGAAUCAUGGAAGGAGUGGAGAGGCACUCUUGGACGGAAACGCAAGUUCUUGCUGUCGAGACCAAGGGUGCGGAUUCGCUGGCCGAAAGUGUGAGGGUUGGCGAGCAUAUCACGCUGCCGGCAAUCACAUCUCAAGCGACCACGCUGGGAGCCAAGAAGGUCGCUGCGAGGACAUUCGAGUUGGCCAUGUCGAGCAAGCAGGUCAAGACGCUGGUACUUAGCGAUGAGGAAGCCAUGAUGGGUGCAUGGAGACUGGCUGAAGAUGAGAGACUGUUGGUGGAGCUGUCUUGCAGUGUCACCGUGGCUCUAUGCUAUGGAGAUCGCUUGAAAAAGGCUUUAGGGAGAGAAGUGUCCAAAGAUGACAAGGUUGUCAUUAUCGUCUGUGGUGGCAGCAACGUCACCAUCGAUAUGGUCUCGCAGUGGAAGAAGGACUCCGCGCAUAUCGAUGCAGAGCCGAGUCAGGAGGAAAAGGCAACUGUCUCCAGUGCCAAUCUUAUGUGAAAACCUGACAACAUCUGAAAGUGUGGAAAGCAGAUAGACUCAUAAUAGACAAAACGCCCAUGCUGGGUAUCAUGAAUUGAAAAGAACAAAAUCGCUACCUAUGCAAAAAGAAAGUUCCACCCUUUCGCCUCUGCCAUGCUGUGUUUCUGACGUCUAAGCGGCCACUUGACCUUGGUUCAAUUGGUCCUUGAGGUAAGCCCAGUAAUUGGCUCUGAUGGGGUCGUACUUGCUAGCCAGCAGAUCAUAUGCCUUGGCAGCCUUCUCGUUCUGCUCCUUCUCACCAGCAUAGAUCUCAGCGAGUAGAUCGAGUGCAUGACUUGAGCGAACAGCAUCUUCGU